AGAUCAAGUAGAUUGAUGCUGGAUAAAGAUGCAUACAGACUUAUGCACUGCGAGACACACAGAAGGAACGCGAGCAGUACGCAAGAUGAUCGCAGGUCGCGCGCAACGAACUGGCUAAGCUCCCGUCGACAUGAUGAAUCCAGCUACCUCUUGCAUGUCUCUGCUGCCCUGGAUCUUUACCCAUCGAGUAUGUUUUUCAUUAAUGAAACAUUCUACGUUGACUUCUCGCAGCCGUGUGAUUACAGUACCGUUGUGAAAGAGUGGGCUCUAUCAGGCAAUAUCAAGGUGAAUCCGGACACAAAGGACAUGGCCGCAACACGUAUUAGCGAUUUGACCGUUGAGUUGGACUACCCGUACCUGUUCCAGCACCUGGGCAAUUGUGAACAUCUCAUUGAAUUCUCUGGAGGCAGAAUUUUGUUAGCCCAAAGGGACUCAUUGUGCUCAGCACAUUAUCCAUGGUCCAGAAAGGAUUACAUCACCAAAGGAAAAUAUUGCAUUAUAUGCAAUAUACAUAUACCAACACGGAAAGUCAUUGGAUGUGCACGCCUACCGAGACACAAUUCAUAUUUGUGCGAAGAAUGCUUCCAAAGAUAUUGUUACAUUCGUAACAAAAAAGUUGGGUCAUUUGAAGCUUAUCAUUUUAAGGACAAACGGGCCACUAUUAGUGGUUACUAAUAGAUUACCAUACGCUAAAUAAUAAUAAAGCGCUUCAUCAAUUAAUGUGUUCUACUACAAUACUUUUGUUGUUCUUGUAAUACUUUUCUAUAUUUGAAUAUUUCUUUUCUACUUUUCUAAAAGUUGAUUAUCAUUUGAAUUGUGAAGAAUUUGUAUCAACAUUCAGUUGAAUUUGUGAGUAUUAAUUAAAUGAAAUAAAAAUUAUUAUCAAUAAAAAUGUAUUCAAACAUGAUCAAA